CACAAGCACGUAAAUAUUUCUUUGUAAACAUGUAUUAAUAAUAAAAGAUAUAUGAACUUACAAAGUAUUGUCAGUACGUUAUUACGAAGGGUAAUCCAGACUAUGAAUAAAAAUUAAUUGUAAUCAUAUCAACAUCGGAAAACUGACAGAUAUGACUUCUACAAGCCAAAUGGUGUCAGUGAAAGCCGAAAGGCCUGAUGAGGCUGAAAUUCAAGAAUUAGCGGCUAAAAUGGUCGAAGCCAACAAAGCAAAGGCUGCACAACCUACCCAACAAACCAGGCCUUUGUCAUCAAUGCAAUCCAAUGCAAGUGGACAAGUUGGUAUUAUGAACUUUCUAACACGCAAAGGUGCUCCAACAAAUGAUAAAAGUAAAGAAAAAGCAGAAUCUGACACUAAAGCUAAUGAUGAACGCAGUGUCAAAGGCCAGUUUGGUUGGGCUGCUAUAGGAAAAGGAUAUGUUCCAUAUCUCUUUCGACAAGGAGAGAAAUAUUGUGCAGUUCGAAUGGUGGAAGUGAAGCUGUUAAAUAAGUAUCUUAGCUAUUUAAGCCAGGACAUAUAUAGUUGUACAUGUAUACGUAGCUAUUAUAUAACAGAAGCAGAAAGCAAAUUAUUAAAUGAGAUUAACUAUAAGCACUGUGAUCAGCAAUUUGGACGGGAAUAUUUCUCUCAAAAAGACUUGGUAGUUCGACUGUCUGAUGCUAAUGAAUUUUAUCAGUUCCUAGAUGUAUGUUAUAAUAAAUUACUAAAUAAUAGUAACAAUCCCAAAGAUAGAUGUGGUUUUAUACGUAUCAAUGGUGAAUCAGUAGUACCAUACACUGUUCGUGACGGACAAAAAUUUGUGCCUCUAUUUUAUUUUGAGGGAGAGACUGAAAACCUAAAACUAAAGGCAGAUUGCUUAGAAGGUUGGGAUCUAUCAUAUUUAAAGUUUUGUUGUAAAGUGCAGGGUAUUAGAAAUGAAUUGUUUGCUAGUGAAACAUGUGCCGUUAUUAGUUUAAAUGAUAUUAAAAGUUAUUUUCCCACUGGUACAAAUUUUGAGGACUAUUGGCCAAGUAAAGUGACAGACUCACAUUUGUUAGUUACGAGUAAAGGUGCUGUAAACCAACAUGCCGGGCAUUGGACUAGACAACCACCGGGGCCUCCACCUAGACUGCCAGCUGCAAAUAAUAAUAUCACUAAGGUGACACAGAGGAGGGUGCAAACUACUUUGAAUAGCAAUAGUGCACAAAGGUUACCUCAUCCCAUGCAGUCCGUUGUACAGGCAAUAAACAACGGUUGGCAGGCGCAGGCAGCCGGCUUAGUGGGUGGUCAGCAAGCGUACCAGGCGAACGUGCAGCAGGCAUUGCGGAUGGCGGCUGCUCAACAGCAUCAUCAUACCCAGAACAGGAUGUACCAGAACAACGUGAAUGCUGCUGCCGCAGCAGUGGCUGCGUCUCGGUCCAGCCAGGCUCACAGCACGGCGGCCGCCGCGGCUAGACAAUAUCAAGCACAAUAUUCGAGUGCUAAUGCUGCGGCGGCGAUGUCUCUUGCGCUCGUCAACCAGCAACAAGCACCACCACCUCUGGUGCGGACCACAUCACAUAACCUUCCUGGGUCUCUAUUGCCCCAGACGAGGCAAAUAGGCAACGGUCGCAGUUCAAGUCUAGAUACAAUGUCUCGGCGCAAUCUUACUCCUAUUCCUGAUACGCAGACAUCCAGUAGUCAUGUACCUUACAAAGUACAGAAAGCUUUGGUUGAGAACAAGAUGGUCCCUAGCAUAAAUAUGAAACCAUAUGUUUAUACGGAGUUGUUAAUGACUAUUGCUGAUCUGAAGAGCCAUUUCUUUCCAACAUACAAUAUAGACGAUUGCAGACGGGCUUUGGACGCGCUGGGAAUUGAACUUUUCAAAGGAAAUAGAUUACAAAUGCAAAUUCUGUGUGACAGCGGCAAGUGCACCUCGUUAUCUGAAAACUUACCCUUAAUUCAAUUGAGGGAUGUAAUGAAAUUUUUGCCGCAGUUAAAAUACAUGUUAGCCGCAAACGAGACAACGAGCCCCGCGAGCAAGCGCGCUCGCAUCAGCUAGGAGGACGAAUUGAGGCAUUGUGUGGGACCGUGCAAUACGGGCUCGAUCUCCGCGAUGCCUCCGCAGCACUCCGACGUGUCAGCUUCCACGAUCGGUUCUCAACAGUUUCCAAAUCACCACAUCUCCAUGUCAAUCUCAAACGAGAAAUAUAUAUCAAUGAUUACUAAUGAAUUCAACAAAAAUCAGAUGCUAGCCAGAGACGUUAAAUCCGUUGCCGAUGCAACCAGCUCUUUCUAUAGCCCUGAAAAAAGUUACGAGGCUCUGGCCAGCGGCGCGAGCAUAUUAUCGGACUUAAUUGAGAACCGAAUAAAUCUUCCUGCAGAUGCUUCAUCGUAUUUGCCAAACGUUGGAACUGCUGAUAUAACAGAUACAUUGCAAACUCGAAAUUCUCGGAGUGCUAGUAUAUUUUCAAGAGGCAUGUCUUACGCGUCCUGUAGAUAUCAAGAGAACCAAGACUAUAAUUCGCCGAUCACAUCAUACAAUUCUUCGAAUUUAUAUGAUGCUAGAACUGACAAAGGAGCGUACAAUAAUCAUUAUACUGUUACUUCAUCACAUAUGCUAUCACCACCAGGAUAUCCAUCAUUGGACCCAUCAACA